CACACACACAAAUACAUUCAAAAAAACGAUAAUAAAUACAUACAUUUAUUAGACUACAAAUAUGUUAGUAUUGUGGCUCCUAUCGGUGGUUUUAAUCUGUUUGGCGGAUCGAGUCGUAGACCCAGAAAUGAGAUAUUUGAGAUUACCCGAGAAUAAGAGUUGUAUAUACAAUUGUGAUGGCGUUAUCAAGUGUAGAGGAUACACCCCGAAAUGUGAUUCAAUAAUCAAACACUACAAUUUAGCCACCGAUGACAAUGAUGCGAAUAAAGAAUUUCGAGAGUUGCUGCUCUUCGGCCACAAUGGGCUGCGCAAUCGUUUGGCCGCGAAGCUCAAUCUCUGCGACAUGCUGGAAAUCAAGUGGAAUAAUAAACUGGCUCUCUAUGCCAGCCGCCAUCAUUCGUUCUGCCAUAAAAGUAUAUUGUGUGACUCCGAGCUCGACUCGAAUAUAAAUCUACAGCAUUCGCGUUCACGUGACAAGAGGCAUAAUUCGCACGUGGUUAAUAUGUCACGAAAUAGUUUCUUUUAUUCCAACACUUAUUCGACGGCCUUUAUACCGUUCGCCCUGAGCAACUGGUAUGCGGAGCACAUUAAGCUGAAGUUCCCCAAGCGCACUGAGGUAAACAAUCGAACGUACUAUGCACUGGUUGGCCAGUCGAAUAGCUUCUACAAUAUGGUCAAUCCGAUUAUCCAAACAAUGGGCUGCUCCAUCGCCAAGUUCCGAGAUGGUCGCAGUCUAAUUUGCUACUACUAUCCUUUCAUUAGUAUAAAUUCAGAGAUUUAUUUGCGCAUAAUGGACAAGUCAUAUCAGUGCCCGUAUACCUAUCCUGUAUUUGAUCCGAUAUUCAAGAGGAUCUGUAUCAAGAGAUAAGAGAUUCACGCAACCAAGUGGAUCCACUUAGCCAAUCGAGCAAGACUUUGGCUUCUUAAAGAGUUUGACAAAUUUGUGUACGCCAGCCGGCGGGGAAACCAGUUAAAAGAAACUACAUGCCCUGAUUACAAACAAGCUGUCGGGCACGGGGGCUCGGGUUCAGCCCAACAACAACAGUUGAUGCACACCUCGGUAGGCUGGUCAGAGUUACAUGACCCUUAUCAUAUCUUGCCCUGAAUAACCACAUCCCAAAGCGCACACUUUCGCCCCAAAGCAAAUACUACAAGCUGCCUGGCACGCCAAGAGUUCGACUAAGGAAUACCCUGUAUAUGCUCACACUUAUGUCAUAGAGCUCAA